AGGAAGAUUCAUUGUCUAGCAAGAGAGGAGCUGCGUGCCAUGGCCGAAUUUGUCUUCGUGUUAAUGGCUUCAAGAGAACCUGGGUCUCUGGAAGAAUCUACAGAUGAGUCUGAGGAAGAAGAGAGUGAAGAGGAGCCCAAACUGAAAUAUGAAAGACUUUCCAACGGGGUGACUGGAAUCCUGCAGAAGGAUGCAGCUAGCUGCAUGACAGUUCAUGACAAGUUUUUGGCCCUGGGCACACAUUAUGGCAAGGUUUAUUUACUUGACGUCCAAGGGAACAUCACUCAGAAGUUUGAUGUAAGUCCUGUGAAGAUAAAUCAGAUCAGCCUGGAUGAAAGUGGAGAACACAUGGGUGUGUGUUCAGAGGACGGCAAGGUGCAGGUAUUUGGACUGUACUCAGGAGAAGAAUUUCAUGAGACUUUUGACUGUCCCAUUAAAAUCAUUGCUGUGCAUCCCCUUUUUGUGAGAUCCAGUUGUAAGCAGUUUGUGACCGGAGGGAAGAAGUUGCUGCUGUUUGAACGGUCGUGGAUGAACAGGUGGAAGUCUUCCGUCCUGCAUGAAGGGGAAGGGAACAUUCGGAGUGUGAAGUGGAGAGGCCAUCUGAUUGCUUGGGCCAACAACAUGGGCGUGAAGAUUUUUGAUAUUACCUCAAAGCAAAGAAUCACCAACGUGCCCCGGGACGAUAUAAGUCUUCGCCCGGAUAUGUAUCCCUGCAGCCUCUGCUGGAAGGACACUGUGACCCUGAUCAUCGGCUGGGGGACUUCUGUCAAGAUUUGCUCAGUGAAGGAACGGCACGCCAACGAAAUGAGGGAUUUGCCAAGCCGAUAUGUCGAAAUAGUGUCUCAAUUUGAAACUGAAUUCUACAUCAGCGGGCUCGCCCCUCUCUGUGACCAGCUCGUCAUACUUUCCUACGUAAAGGAGGUUUCGGAAAAAACGGAAAGAGAAUACUGUGCCAGGCCCCGACUGGACAUCAUCCAGCCACUUUCGGAGACUUGCGAGGAGAUCUCUUCUGAUGCUUUGACAGUGAGAGGCUUUCAAGAGAACGAAUGUAGAGAUUACCACUUAGAGUACUCGGAAGGGGAGUCGCUCUUUUACAUCGUGAGCCCAAGAGAUGUCGUCGUGGCCAAGGAGCGAGACCAGGAUGAUCACAUCGACUGGCUCCUUGAGAAGAAAAAAUAUGAAGAAGCUCUGAUGGCAGCUGAAAUUAGCCAAAAGAACAUUAAAAGGCAUAAGAUUCUGGAUAUUGGCUUGGCAUACAUAAAUCACCUGGUGGAAAGAGGCGAAUACGACAUAGCAGCACGCAAGUGUCAGAAAAUUCUUGGGAAAAAUGCAGCCCUCUGGGAAUAUGAAGUUUAUAAAUUUAAAGAAAUUGGGCAGCUGAAGGCUAUUAGUCCUUACCUGCCAAGAGGAGAUCCAGUUCUGAAACCACUCAUCUAUGAAAUGAUCUUACACGAAUUUUUGGAAAGUGAUUAUGAGGGAUUUGCCACGUUGGUUCGAGAAUGGCCAGGAGAUCUGUAUAACAACUCAGUAAUAGUUCAAGCCGUCCGGGAUCAUCUGAAGAAAGACAGUCAGAACAAGACGUUACUGAAGACCCUGGCAGAAUUGUACACCUAUGACAAAAACUAUGGCAAUGCCCUGGAAAUAUACCUGACUUUAAGACAUAAAGAUGUUUUCCAGUUGAUCCACAAGCAUAAUCUUUUCAGUUCUAUCAAGGAUAAAAUUGUUUUGUUAAUGGAUUUUGAUUCAGAGAAAGCUGUUGAUAUGCUUUUGGACAAUGAAGAUAAAAUUUCAAUUAAAAAGGUGGUGGAAGAGUUGGAAGACAGACCAGAGCUGCAGCACGUGUAUUUGCAUAAGCUUUUCAAGAGGGACCAUCACAAGGGGCAGCGCUACCAUGAGAAACAGAUCAGUCUGUACGCCGAGUACGACCGGCCCAACCUACUGCCCUUCCUCCGGGACAGUACCCAUUGCCCGCUUGAAAAGGCUCUCGAGAUCUGUCAACAGAGAAACUUUGUAGAAGAGACAGUUUAUCUUCUGAGCCGAAUGGGUAAUAGUCGGAGUGCCCUGAAGAUGAUCAUGGAGGAGUUACACGAUGUUGAUAAAGCGAUCGAAUUCGCCAAGGAGCAAGAUGACGGAGAACUCUGGGAAGAUCUGAUUCUGUACUCCAUUGACAAACCACCAUUUAUUACUGGCUUUUUAAAUAACAUUGGCACUCAUGUUGACCCAAUUCUCCUGAUUCACCGGAUUAAGGAAGGAAUGGAGAUCCCCAAUUUGAGAGAUUCCUUGGUUAAAAUUUUACAGGACUACAACCUGCAAAUUCUGCUUCGUGAAGGCUGCAAGAAGAUUCUAGUGGCUGACUCUCUGUCGUUACUGAAGAAAAUGCACCGGACUCAAAUGAAAGGCAUCCUGGUCGAUGAGGAGAAUAUCUGUGAAUCGUGCCUGUCCCCUAUUCUUCCAUCAGAUGCAGCCAAGCCCUUCAGCAUGGUGGUCUUCCAUUGCCGGCACAUGUUCCACAAGGAGUGCCUGCCCGUGCCCAGCUUGAACUCCCCUGUGCAGUUCUGCAACAUCUGCAGCGCAAAGAACCGCGGACCAGGAAGCGCAAUUUUGGAGAUGAAAAAGUAGCCCAGUUGUGCAUGUGUAUCUCCCUUGCUGCUCUUCAAAAGCCCGUCUGCAGCAGCAGGGGCGUUCACAGCUUGGUGUCGUAAGAGGUGUGUCCAUGUGCAUGGUAUGCUCAAAGACAGUGGUAUAUUCAGAGACAGUUUUCUUUGUACCUGUCAACUAGAGCGGUCUCUCUGAGGCUGAUAAAGAAGGUGAGACUUUCUCCAUGCCUUGAAACAUUUGGGAUCAUAGUAUUUCAUCAUUUAUUUCUUUGACUCUUCCUUUAUUUAGUAAUAAAGACAUGAAUCUAGGUGUAGACAUGAAUUUUUUAAACCUUAGUAAAGUCAUUCAACUGCAAAGUGGACUACCAAGAAUUUUCCCAGCUGUCCGAGGCUGUGGCCGACUGUGGUUUUCCAGUGAGCACCUACGCACUCUGGGGACCUCGUUUCUGUACUCUCAGCUGGCGGCAGUUCUGGCAUUCUGGGUUUGGUUUUCUUUAUACAUCAUCAGUUGCAGUUAACUUCUUAGUAGGCAUUUGAUGAAACAUUAUGCUAAUUGUCACUCAUUCAGUGACAUCUGGGCAUAACAUUGGAAGGCUGAUGUCUUGCAGAUUUAUGUUUACUUGUCACGUGUCCUGUAUGUCUUAAUAUAGCAGAGAGUCUGGCCCUGGCAGGCACUCAGUGUUUGUUGAUUGAAUAAAUGUUAGCUCUUCUCAUUGCAAA